GCAGAACUCACUUACUCACCAUGGCUCCCGCAUCGCUCUAUCAGUGCCUCGUCUGCCUCGCCGUCCUAGCUGCUACCGCCACCACCGCUACCUCUCACUCUCAGUGCCUCGACAACCCUCCGGAUCUGACGGCCGGUGGUCACCAGGCCGGUGUUGUCGUCGACGACCUGGCCGGUUUCAAGGCCUACGUCACCGGCGAUGUCCACUCCCACAGGGCCAUCGUCCUCGCCUCCGACGUCUACGGAUUCGAAGCGCCCUUGUUGAGGAAAAUUGCCGACAAAGUUGGUGAGGCUGGAUACUAUGUUGUGGUGCCCGAUUUAUUCAAUGGACAACCUGCCACUAAUAGUACUGACAUAACAGUGUGGCUCCCGGCUCAUUCUCCGGUAAAGGCAGCUCAAGAUGCAAAACCGAUCUUCGCGGCCUUGAAAAGGGGACAAAAUUUUGUUGUUGGAGUUGCGGGCUAUUGUUGGGGCGGGAAAUUCGCUGUGGAGGUGGCGAAAACGAACGAGGUAGAAGCAGUUGUCAUCUCCCAUCCUUACGCAGUAACUGCUGACGAUAUGAAAGAGGUCAAGAACCCCAUUGAAAUUCUUGGAGGUCAGAAUGACACUGUUACACCGCCAACAUUGGUGUAUCGGAUUGUGCAUACCCUGCGGCAACGAAAUGAGAUUCCAUACUAUGCAAAGAUCUUUCCACGAGUUGCGCAUGGCUUUGCUUGCAGAUACAACGCUACCGACCCGUUCGCAGUCAAGACAGGUGAAGAAGCGCUUGCCUUAAUGCUCGAUUGGUUCCACAAAUACUUAAAAUGAAAAUACCUCAUCAUGCAAUGAUGCGUCUUUUACAGCUUUGUACAUCAAAAUAAAAUUUACUUGCGUCCACAUAUAAACUUACAAAGCUAGCCAUGCAGAUUAUAUGGCUAUGAUCUCUUUACAAUGAUACUCUAUUUGUCCUGUGAUUUUCUAUACAGCUUUAAGUAGUGCAAUUUUCAUCAA